GAGAACCACUGGCUGAGGUGUGGGUUACAGCCAACUGCACAAGGAAGAGGGAGCAGCCAGUGGGUAUAGCAGGUUGGAGAGACCCCAGAGAGCCAAAGCCAGGAAAACUUGGGGCAGCAACACUUUCCACAGUCACAUCUUAGAGGCCUAAGCUCCAGCCAUGGGAGAACGAGGGGGCUUGCUUGUGUCCCGGGACAGAGGGCCCAUGACUAGAUCCUGGGGGACCUGCUUGCUCCUGCUCACCAUUUUGGUGGCCCUGGUGGCCAGCACAGACCCAGGCAAAAAUAAGGUCAAGGUGUUGAAGGAAUUAAAAGUGAUCAAUGCCUCAAAUGCCAACGUGAAGCAGUGUCUCUGGUUUGCCAUGCAAGAAUACAACAAAGAAAGUGAGGAUAAGUACCUCUUCCAAGUGGUCAAGACAGUACAAGUCCAACUGCAGGUUACGGAUCGUUUGGAAUACUUUAUUGAUGUCAUAAUUGGACGCAGCAAUUGUAGAAAGUUUUCAAACAGUACCGAAAACUGUUCCAUUCAAGAGAACUCUAAACUGGAAAAGAAAGUAAUGUGCAGUUUUUUGGUUGGAGCACUCCCCUGGAAUGGUGAAUUCAUGGUGAUGAAGAAGCAGUGUGCAGACGCUUAGGGGGUUCUGAAGUCCCCCCCUCCCA